AUGAAGACGGAGAGCUUCCCCGAGGAGAAUGGCUUCGCGGAGGGAAAAGCCGCUGGCCAAGGCAACCUCGCACCCGGGAGCUGUCAGAAGAAACGCCGCUGGAUUCCCGAAAAUUUCUGGGAGGACGUGAGGCAGCUGCUGGUGCUGGCGGGGCCGCUGAUCCUUAUCCAGCUGCUGAUCUUCCUGAUCCACCUUGUCAGCUCCAUAUUCUGUGGCCACUUGGGCAAGGUUGAGCUGGCCUCUGUCACGCUGGCCAUCGCUGUUAUAAACGUCACUGCCAUCUCUGUAGGUUACGGUUUGACUUCAGCAUGUGACACCUUGAUAUCACAGACCUAUGGCAGCAAGAACCUGCUGCGCGUGGGGGUGAUCCUGCAGCGUGCCACCAUCAUCAUCCUCCUCUGCUGCUUCCCUUGCUGCGCCAUCCUCAUCAACGUCGAGCAGUUGAUGCUGGUCAUACGGCAGGAUCCCGAGGUCUCCAGGCUGACCCAGAACUAUGUGAAUGCAUUUCUGCCUGCCCUCCCGGUGGUUUUUCUGUAUAACCUGGAGACAAGAUACCUGCAGAACCAGAUGAUCAUGUGGCCCUUGGUGCUGAGUGGGGUCAUCGGCAACGUCGUCAACGUGGUUGCAAACUACAUCCUCCUCUACGUGUUCCACCUGGGCGUUAUGGGCUCUGCCUGGGCCAACACCAUUGCUCAGUAUUCACAAACCAUUUUCUUGUUCGUGUACAUCAUAGGCAGGAAACUCCACGUGAGCACCUGGGGAGGCUGGUCCUCCGAGUGCCUGCUGGAGUGGGACAGCUUCACCUCCCUGGCUAUCCCCAGCAUGCUCAUGAUGUGCAUUGAGUGGUGGACCUACGAGAUCGGGAGCUUCUUGAUAGGCCUGCUGAGUGUUGUCGAGCUCUCCGUCCAGUCCAUCAUCUAUGAGGUGUCUGUUGUGGCUUUCAUGAUCCCCCUGGGGCUGGGCACAGCUGCCAGUGUGCAGGUGGGCAACGCGCUGGGUGCCGGCGACGUGGAGGCAGCCAAGAGAUCCUCCAGCACCAGCCUGAUCUGCACAGGAGUGUUCUCCGUUAUUGUGGGGUCCAUUUUAGCUGCCACAAAGAACGUGCUGGGACACAUCUUCACCAAGGACAGGGAAAUCAUUGACUUGGUGGCGUGGGUCAUGCCUAUCUACGUUGUCUUUCACUUGUUUGAAGCCAUGACUGGUGCCUGCAGUGGGGUGCUCAGAGGCAUCGGGAAGCAGAAAUUUGGUGCCAUCCUCAACGCCGUGAGUUACUACGGUGUGGGCAUGCCCCUGGCAGCUGUGCUGCUCUUUGUGGCCAAGAUCGGCGUCAUAGGCCUGUGGGUCGCAAUGCUCGUCUGUGUCUUCAUCCUCUGCACCUGCUUCAUCACCUACAUCUCCCGUGUGGACUGGGAGAAGGCAGCCAAGGAGGCUCAGCGCCGUGCAGGAGUGACCCAGCUGCCACCACCAGAGCUGCCAAGCCUGGGCCCUGAACCCUCCUGCAAGGAUCUGGAUGUGGGACCAGCCCCCCAGCCCCACACUUACCUCCCUGCCAGGGCGGUGCUGGGGUCUGUUGCGGGAAUAGAAGCGCAGAACGACGUUGUGCUCACGGGCAUCACCAAGACAGAGGGAGCCACGUACCAGCUGGAGCUGCAGGAGGUCACCUCUGCUCCGGCCACCCCCGUGGUCACCAAGCAGCUGAUCCUCCGCCGUGUGCUGGCAGUGGCUGCAGCUGUCACCAUACUCGUGCUUGGCAUUGCCAUAAAGUUGAUCACCAGGAAAGACUGA